UCUGCCUGUCUGCCCCCGGCGUUGUAAGGGUGGUGGCCGUAGAGGCGCGGGACACUCGUGCGCUCGCGCAGACGGAGCCCAACUGCGGGGCAGGAGAGCCGCGGAGCCCCUCCCCCGCGGUACCGUAGUGAAUAGAAUAGCGGCUGCUGAACACACGGUUACCCUGUGCUGGGCGAUUCCUUACACCCGCUGGGCCCAGGGUGCUGCCGUGUGUCCGAAAGCGGCGGAGUUAGCGGAAGGGCUGAGGCUAGUGUAGCGAAGUGACGUCGUUAGUGGUUGUACUACAGGAAAAGCCUUGGUAAUCCGCCGCUCCCCUUCCUACAUCCUGCUUCCCAGCCGUGUCCCUGUAACGGGAGCUCCCCUGCAUAACGUGAACAAACCUUACAGUUCUGAAUGGCAGUAGUGGUACCGCCAAGUGCAUAAUUAGCUGCAUUCUAUUACUGCUUGGCAAAGUUGUCUGUCAACAGGCAUAGCUGUGCAGGGAUGAGAAGCAUCGCACACCUUCAGCUGUAGAUUUGGCAGCACAUCAGUGACUGAGCUGAGAUAUGGAGAAACCCUGCAAUCGGGCAGAUCAGUAAGUCUCAGUGCCCGGUGUACUCUGAUCUCUUCAGCAGAGAAUUUAUAAAUCAGUUGUCCAGUUUGCUGAAAUAAAUAGAAAAUGGCCAAAGUUGAAAAGUUUGCUCUUCAUGUCCCAAGCCUAGAGGAACUUUCUGGGGUCCUGCGGAAUGGGCUUAAAGAGAACUUUGCUGAUGUCCAGGUCUCUGUAGUAGAAUGUCCUGAUCUGACUCAUGAUCCCUUCAACUUUCCUGUUAAAGGAAUCUGUGGGAAGCCUAGAAUAGCAGAUGUGGGAGGAGUUCCUUACCUUGUGCCUCUUGUACAAAAAGAUAAAGUUUAUGACCUGAACACUGUUGCAAAGCAAAUAGAGUUGCCUGGAGCUUUCAUUCUUGGAGCUGGAGCUGGGUCCUCUAGGAUUCUUGGAGUAAAUGCUGAGCUUAUCCCAGUUGCUCAAGCUGAGAGUGAACAAAAGCCUGCUGUAAAUGCAAGUUACACUGCUCAGAUUAAUCCUGCAGAUGGAGGGUGCCUGCUGGAGAAGUACAGCAACAAAUAUAGUGACUGUGAAUUUGGACUGCUGGCCAACCUGUAUGCCAGUCAGGGCCAACCUGGCAAGGUUAUUGAAGUGAAAGCCAAUGGAAGAACUGGACGGCAUAACUUUGUGACCUGUAUGAGACAAAUUAUAGAAAAAUGCUAUGGAGAUAAACCAGUUGGGAUAGGAGGUACAUUUGUCAUUCAAAAGGGGAAAGCAAAGAUUCAUAUCAUGCCCCCAGAAUUUUCUGCCUGUCCUAUAAACACUGACGAGGAAAUGAAUAAUUGGCUCCAUUUUUUUGAAAUGAAGGCUCCGUUGAUUUGUCAGCCAGUACUAAUUUCCAGAGAUCCAUGCCCAGAGAACUCAAGAACCAGGUCCUGUUGUGCUAAGCACUAUUUGUUUGAACAAAGACUGUCUCUGUCCCAAAGAGCUCACAAUUUGAGAAUGACACAAGAUGCAAAAGAAAGGAAAAACGGACAGAAGGAUGGAGAGUGCAUUGCCCAAUGGGGCCCUGGUGAUGAGGGCUCCUGGGUAGUAUGGGGUUUGAUCUGCGAAUGGAGCACACUCAUUGUUUCAGUCACCAUGGUGAAGGAGGACACUACCAUAAUGACAGUACACCAGACUGCGUGCAGUAUCUGGGAUAUUUUUUGCCUGCAGAAGUUCUCUUUCGUAUUGAUAGACCCAAGGAGUCUCACAGGGUUGGGAGAGAUUAAACCCAUGGAUGCACACUUAGUUUGGAGUGUAAGGAUAGCAAUUAAUUUUAAAAAAUGAAAUAUUGGAUUUGAUCAUUAUUUUAAUUGACUUCAAGCACACACAUGAAAAGCUGGCAUUUUAUUGCAGUCUUAGCCUUUUUAAAGAAUGGGAUACGUUCAGAGUUUAGAUUGAAAUUGUUUGAAUUCAAAUAACUAUCACAAAUUAAUUUUUAUCCAAACAUCAAAGUCGAAUAGUGUGUAUCAAUGAUUUAUUUUGUUCCAUUUUGAUUACUUUAGGCAGGCAUUAUCAGAUGAUUUUUCUCUGGCUAUAGAAAGCCAUCACUGAAUUAAUGAGAGCUCCACAUUCUAAAUGGAAGAGGAAAAGAGAUGCCAAUCAAGAAUCAUGUGGUAACAACACUACAAUUCAGACUCUGAUAUUGACAUGGCUGUGUGCCAUUCUAGCUAUAUGUGCCCUAGUGGGUUAUAUGUGGGUAAUGGGAUUGGCCACUUAUUUUAAUCAGUGAUCAGAAGAGACUUGUUUGAAAUAAGAGGAAGGCACUUGUAGUUCCACUCAUGUAACUUCUAGCUCAGCAGGACUAUGGGGUGAUGCAAUCCUACAUCUACAGGAGUCAAUGGCAAUACCCCGUUGAUUUCACUGAGAGCAUAGAGGACCUACAGGUAUGGAAAUGCAAACUUGUCAAAGAGGGACUUGGAUCAUAGUUAGUUAACUCAUAAGCACCAGUAACAACUUAACAAGCACAGGACCAUUUCCAGGGUUUUAAAUGUUGAUGUUGCUAUCAUGCCAUGGGUGCUUGAUUAUUUUCUCAUACCAGUGUAAAUGAGGAGUAACUGUGUUGAAUUGAGCGGAUUUACAGUGGGCUGACUGAAGGAUCAGACCCCAUUUGUUUCUAGUUUUGAAUAAGGCUGAAGUACAGGAGCACUUUGUCAGUAUUUUUUUUUCUUUACACUCUGAUGAUAAUUGUGUCAUUUAUCCUGCCAAUAAAGUUUUACUGAAUUGAA